AAAGACGACUUCUGCUUACCUGUCAGUUGUAGUCUAAAUUCAUGCAUCGGAGUCUUGGAUUUGUCCUCUGUUAGUUGAGACUCCUGUCUGGACAGGACGGAGUACCGUGAGCUCUGUUAGCUCAGCAUGGACAGCGCGGGGAGAAAAGUGGUGGUCUGUGACAAUGGGACGGGGUUUGUCAAGUGCGGCUUCGCUGGAUCCAACUUCCCCGACCACAUCUUCCCGGCCAUGGUGGGUCGACCGAUCAUACGAUCGAACACCAAAGUGGGCAACAUCGAGAUAAAGGACCUGAUGGUGGGCGAUGAGGCCAGCGAAUGCCGCUCCAUGCUGGAGGUGUCCUACCCCAUGGAGAACGGGAUGGUGCGCAGCUGGGAAGACAUGCUCCACCUGUGGGACCACACCUUCGGCCCCGGCCGCCUGAACAUCGCCCCGCACGAAUGCAAGAUCCUGCUGACGGAGCCGCCCAUGAACCCCACCAAGAACCGGGAGAAGAUCGCGGAGGUCAUGUUCGAGAAGUACCGGUUCCACGGCAUUUACGUGGCGAUUCAGGCCGUGCUCACCCUCUACGCUCAGGGUUUGCUCACCGGUGUGGUCCUCGACUCGGGCGACGGCGUCACCCACAUCUGCCCCGUGUACGAGGGCUUUUCUUUACCCCACCUCACUCGCCGGCUGGACAUCGCAGGACGGGACAUCACGCGGUACCUCAUCAAGCUCCUGCUCCUCCGGGGCUACGCCUUCAACCACACGGCCGACUUUGAGACGGUGCGCAUGCUGAAGGAGGAGCUGUGCUACGUGGGGUACAACGUCGAGCAGGAGCAGCGCCUGGCCCUGGAGACCACCUACCUGGUGGAGACGUUCACGCUCCCCGACGGGCGGCAGGUGAGGGUGGGGGGAGAGCGGUUCGGGGCCCCCGAGGCUCUCUUCCAGCCCCACCUCGUCAACGUGGAGGGAGCAGGAGUGGCGGAGCUGCUUUUUAACACCAUCCAGGCUGCAGACAUCGACCUCAGGGCCGACUUCUACAAGCACAUUGUUCUGUCAGGAGGGACCACCAUGUACCCGGGACUCCCAUCCAGGCUGGAGAGGGAGAUCAAGCAGCUCUACCUGGAGCGGGUGCUGGACGGAGACACCGAGAAGCUAUCCAAGUUCCGGAUCCGCAUCGAGGACCCUCCGCGGCGUAAGCACAUGGUGUUCCUGGGCGGCGCGGUGCUCGCCAACAUCAUGAAAGACAAGGAGUCCUUCUGGCUGAGCAGGGCGGAGUACGAGGAGAAAGGCCCGGCAGCGCUGAAGAAACUGGGGGGAGGAGUCAGAUAGAGAGACGGCGUGUAAACAGGAAGAAGCAUCAGACAGAUGUUUCUGCUUUUAUUCCACGUCUCACCUUGAAAAAACAAGCUGGUGUUCAAUGUGUUUCACGGAAAAAUGGCGCUCCUUCAUUCCAGCGAGUGCUGGAUGCGUUUUAAAAAUAAUCAGUUAGUCGACUGACAAAAAAGGGCCGGUUGCGUUUGAUGGACAAGGUUUACUUUGUUUAUAUUAUUUAAGAGUGGGCAUGUUUGCAUUCGGACGGUUUCAUGGACUUACUUUAUCUCAGAAGUUUGAAAGAUUGCUUGGUAAAAUCAAUAUCAGAUUUGAUAGAAAAAAUAAAAUGUGACCACAGGUGUCUCUAUUACACUGUAA